AUGGCAGCGGCGGCGGCGGCGGCGGCUGGGGACUCCGACUCCCGGGAGGCGGACACGUUCUCAGUGGAAGACCCGGUGCGGAAGGUGGGGGGCGGCGGCACGGCCGGCGGGGACCGCUGGGAGGGCGAGGACCAGGACGAGGACGUCGAUAACUGGGAUGAUGAUGAUGAUGAAAAAAAAGAAGCAGCAGAAGUAAAACCAGAAGUAAAAAUUUCAGAAAAGAAAAAAAUAGCAGAGAAAAUAAAAGAGAAAGAACGGCAGCAGAAGAAAAGGCAAGAAGAAAUUAAAAAGAGAUUAGAAGAACCUGAAGAACCUAAAAUGCUAACACCAGAACAAUUAGCAGAUAAACUGCGGCUUAAGAAAUUACAGGAAGAGUCUGACCUCGAAUUAGCAAAAGAAACUUUUGGUGUUAAUAAUACAGUUUAUGGAAUAGACGCUAUGAACCCAGCCUCGAGAGAUGACUUCACAGAGUUCGGAAAGUUACUAAAAGAUAAAAUUACACAAUAUGAAAAGUCACUAUAUUAUGCCAAUUUUUUGGAAGCCUUAGCUCGAGAUGUUUGUAUUUCAUUGGAAAUUGAUGACUUGAAAAAGAUUACCAAUUCAUUGACUGUACUCUGCAGUGAGAAACAGAAGCAAGAAAAGCAAAGCAAAGCCAAAAAGAAGAAGAAAGGUGUGGUUCCUGGAGGGGGAUUAAAGGCCACCAUGAAAGAUGAUCUGGCAGAUUAUGGUGGUUAUGAUGGCGGAUACGUACAAGACUAUGAAGAUUUCAUGUGACGUUUUAUCUUCUCCUGGUGUCUUCUUUCUGUUGCCCACAGUCCCUUCAACAUGUAGCACAACUUCCUUUCCUUUCAGUUCUGCCAAAUGCUACAAUCAGAAGUGCAGUAUCUUUUGUGCUGGCUAUUUAAUCCCUUGACACUUAGGUGCUAAUGUGCAAAUGAGGGAACUUGGAUCUUGUUGCCAAGGGGUUAAAAUUGGGAACCUCUGUUGCUACUAAAUCAUAGUUUUAAAAAACAAA